AUGGUCACCAGUAAACCAUCUAUUAGAUUUAGAGAUUAUCAGUUAGAAGUUCUGUCUUCUUUCAUAAAUGAGUACCCAGAUUUGGUGCCCCCGAAUCUUGUCAUUCAUGGCCAUAGCAGCUCAGGUAAAACUUUUACUUUGCAAGAGUUUUUCAACCACAACUCACAUCUAAUAAAUUGCUGGCUGACCCCAUUUGAAUUGGUAACUUGGAAACCUCUACUACAACAUGUUGCUCGUACGAUUUCCAUGACUUUGAGAAAGAAGUUUCCAUUAGUAGAAUUUGAAGAACAGGACGCGUUGGAAGCAGAAGACUUCUAUCUUCUGAUUAAGUUUUUGCAUUACACUCUCAUAAAUUACCAGAGAUUAGAACAACCAGUCAAUGUUUUUGUUGUCCUUGAUGGUUUUGAUCAGCUACAAGAGCUUGACUCAGAACUACUUCCCAAGUUUAUAAAGCUUCAUGAAAUGCUUCCAAUAAACCUGAAGAUUCAACUCAAAUUCAUCUACACUAUUCAGGACAGAUCAUUUUUGAACCGAUACGCCACUUAUGAGCUCCCAACAGUGAUUUUCCCUCGUUACACGCUUCAGCAAGUGACGCAAAUACUUUUGGACAAGAAAAUAAGGGAGUUUAUGGAAAGUGAAGAUCUGUUGCAGAAAGUUCUUGAUUGUAACAUUGAUCCAGAAGAUUCAGUUUUCGAGCAAGUCGCAGAAAAUUAUAUCAGGUUAAUGAUCCAGGCUUUUCAAUCGUAUACGGGAAAUGAUGUCGUCGCGCUGGAUGCUCUUAUGGAUGCUAAAUGGGAAUGCUACAUUUCAUCCAUAACCAUAGACAAUAUUAACGACCCAUUAGCCUUGUAUCGUUCGAAUAUUGAUAUUUUUGUGCACACAGGAGAUACCCUCAAUGAUGAAGGUGAUGAAAUUGAGCAGACGGAUACCCUUGAUAAGACGACUGCCUACGAAUUGUCUUCGAUCUCAAAGUACCUCUUAAUUGCUGCAUACUUAUGUUCUUACCUGGAACAACGUUAUGAUAGCAAGAUUUUUUCCAAGAAAUCUCAUUUAAGGGCAGGACGCUCGUCAUAUGGUCGACGUCAUAAGAUGGACACCAAUCCCAGAUAUUUGCAACCAUCGCUUUUUCAAUUAGAAAGAUUGUUUUCUAUAUUCCAGGCUAUUUACCCUGCUAAGGAUACUGACGGUUCUGCUAGUAGUGGCUUUGACCAAAAGCAGCUGAUGAGAGCCAACGUCGAAGUAUAUGAAAACUUAGCGGAACUUAAUAGUCUCAAACUGAUAACUACAGCGAUCCCAAAAAAUGUGGAUUACCUUAGCUAUAAACUUAAAUGGAAGGUGAAUGUUCCAUGGGAAAUCAUUAUAGACAUUGCGUCUACUGUGGAUUUCGAUAUUGCUGAGUAUUUCUCUGGGUUACAUGAUUGA